AGCCCCGAGCCCAACCAGUUGUUUCACUGAAUACGACUUCAAUAAGCUAAAUGAACGUCUAUCUUACUACUCACGUUCCCAAAUACAUAGAUAAAUACAGUGCGACCACGACGUUUUAAUCAGGUUAUUUUUUUAAUGUCAAUAUUAUGGGGUGCUGGAGAUUCUCGGCAGUGAAUAUUGUUCUUCUGUCUUUCUGUCUUCCUAUCCUCUCCUUCACACACAUCAAGACCAACCUGUGUAAGUGGUGUGACUACUCCAGCCCUAUCUGUGAGGACAGUGUGUGUUAUACCAACUGCUCCCUCUCCUCCUUCUGUACUCUGAGUGAAGAGAUUUGCAUUGCAAUAUGGCGGAAGGACAAUGAGAGUAUGAGUGUGAAGACGUUAUGCCACCAGCCCCAGCAGCCACUGGAGAAUAUCAUGUUGUCAAACUACUCCUCCAACGAGUGUGUGAUGGCUCCUCAGCCUUCUGAGGAUGGGGUCCUGUUCGUUUGUGGCUGCCUGGGAGAACACGAGUGCAACGAUAAGCUUAUAUUCGACAAGGGCUCCAAUGAUUUUUCCAAGCUCAAGAGUAAAGAUGUGAUUCCAGUGGUGGUGAUCAGCCUGGUCCCUCCCUGUUUAGUGGCUAUCAUCGCUACCAUGGCUUUCUACCUGUACCGUACCAGACAACCCGGCAAGCAGCCCAAAGACUGGGCUCCCAAACGCACACACUACCAGGCCUUGGACAUCCCAGAGGGACUCAGUGGGGAGGCCAUCACCGGCGGUGAGGACUGCCAUGGCAAGCUGUCAGCCAUCAAUAGCGACGCUACAUCUGACAUGUCUCCCGUCCGGGCCCAUAACUUCAACCACAGCACGGAGCAGCUACCCAUCCAGCUAGAAGCCUUGGUGGGGAAAGGGAGGUUUGCUGAGGUGUGGCGGGCCAGGCUCCACCACCAGGCAGCUGGUCCUCAGUAUGAGACGGUGGCAGUGAAGAUCUUCCCGUCUGUGGAGUAUGUGUCCUGGAGCAACGAGAGGGCCAUCUUCUCUGACGCCAACCUGGAGCAUGAAAAUGUGGUUCAAUUCCUGACAGCAGAGGAGCGAGGGCCCUCCGGCUCCCCUCAGAGGCAGUACUGGCUGGUCAUGGCCUACCACGGCCUCGGAAACCUACAGGACUUCCUGGCGGGCCAUGUGUUGAGCUGGGCUGAGCUGUGUGCUAUGGCUGGGUCGGUGGCUCGAGGAUUGGCCCACCUCCACAGCGACACCACCCCUUGUGGGAUCUCCAAGGUGCCGGUGGCCCACCGUGAUCUGAAGAGCAGCAACAUCGUGGUAAAAAGCCGGAGAGAGUGUGCCCUCUGUGACUUUGGUCUGGCUCUGAGACUGGACCUCUCCCUCACCGUGGAUGACUUUGCCAACAGUGGCCAGGUGGGUACAGCUCGCUACAUGGCCCCUGAGGUGUUGGAGUCCAGAGUGAAUCUGGAGGAUCUGGAGGCCUUUAAACAGAUGGAUGUCUAUUCCAUGGCCCUGGUCCUCUGGGAAAUGGUUUCCCGCUGUGAAGUCAUAGGAGAGGUUAAGAGUUACGAGCCGCCGUUUGGCUCUAAGGUGUGUGACCAGCCGUGUGUGGACAGCAUGAGGGACCUGGUCCUGAGGGACAGAGGCAGACCUGAGAUACCCACCAGCUGGACAACACAUCAGGGGAUGAAUCUGCUGUGUGCCACCAUCACUGAGUGUUGGGACCAUGACCCAGAGGCCAGGCUCACAGCCCACUGUGUGGUGGAGCGCUUUGGAAGUCUAGAAGAGGAGAUGGAGCAGGAGGUGUUAGACGCUGUCAACAACAGCCAGGAGUGUCCUCCCUCUGACUCCUUCCCUGACUCCACCGGCUGUGAUGUGGACCCUCUGGCCCCUGAAACAGAUACAGAGGGGACCCUCAUCCCUGGGCAGAUAAGUGAGAUAUUAUAAGGAGGACUUAAACUUGAUCACCAAAAAGAGACAUAUUUGUAUGAUAAAUUGAAGGCACUCUACCCUAUGAACAAAGAGGAAAAAAUAUUUUUUCUAUGAUAGAUUGUAUCCUUUGAAGGAGCUGGUCUCCGGAUUGAUUUGUAAUAUAACCUUUAUGAAGUAUCUUAUGAAUGCACGUAUGAACUUUUGCCACUGAAGAGAUAUUCUUUCUGCCCCUUGGAAAGUUGUGUGUACAGGAUUCAGGGAACAGAGCAAACAAGCAGACCACAAAUCAUUAUCCCAACUUCACUAUCACACUGCAACAUGUCAAUUCUACCAAUAACUCAAAAAAGCAGAUUCGUUUCCAAAUCUGAAGUCCAUACAUCCUAUAAUGAAUGAUCACAUGGAUCUGUUCUAAACGCAGGUUGACGUUUAUUUUCAUGAAUCUUGUCCUGGAGGCAGAACUGAGCUAUUUCCGCUUAGAUAGGCUAGCUGUAAAGAAAAAAAUGGGCUAUUAUUAUAAAAAUUCAUGAAAACAAAAAGUUGAUUUUGGCCUUAAUUUUAGGUUAGGGUUAAGCAUAAGGGUUAGCAGUGUGGUUAAGAUUAGAUUUCAAAUCAGAUUUUAUGACUUUGUGGCUGUGCCAGCUAGUGACCACUCUGCAGAGCUGCCUCCAGAACAGGGUUCAAAUUGCACUUAAAAUGGAACCUUAUUCCCUACAGAUUGCACUACUUUUGACCAGAUUCCUAUGGCUCUGCACUAUAUAGGGAAAUAGGAUGCCAUUUGGGACGUACAAAUGUUUAUUAUUUGCUAAAGUAUAGAGAGCACUACGUUUUGACAACCUUCAUUGGUGUACCAGCUAUUUAAAUUGGUCCUUGCUCCUAUUGGAGAUAGUUUACUUUACAAUAAUUAUUACUUAUGAUUAUCAUUUUUUUUAAUGAGUUUUCCAUUGCCUUCUCAGUAUGUAGCCUCAAACAGUGGUGUGGUUCUCAUUCCCCUUAAUGUAUCCUAAAUGGCUCCCUAUGUCCUACAUAAUGUGGUGCAGAGCUGAGAGGUUUGCAUUUUUCUAAGGGUUUCAUUCUGAUUAACCACAAGAUGCUCUGACUACAAAUGGUGAAUGCUGUUAUAUAGGCUAGAGACCACAACACACAAGCUAACAGGGUGAAAUUCAUUUUUUAAGAUGAAUGAGAACCAAGGAGCUUUUAAUGAUCAUUUGAACUGAUAGCUGUACACAAGGACUUUCUAAGGAUACUUUGAUCCGUUUGUAGCUAUUGCAUACAACUACAUUGUCAAGGCUCGUUUUUCCCCACCAUGUGAAGUACUUGCUGCCUUCAUCUGUUUACUAAGACACAUAGUUAAUUUGUUUAAUUCAAAUCUGAUGUCUGAGCAUUAUUAAGAGGGCAUGAUCUAUCUUUAUAUACUAUGCAUCAGAGAACUCAUAGUAAGAGCGACUGCUCUCCCAGACAGCCUGGUAUGACACUCAGAUCUACACCAAUUCAGUCAUUCACUGAUUCUCUUGCUUCAAAGGUAAUGUUAAAAUCUUUUAUCACACUAACCGAGCGGACUAAAAUAAUUAAAACAGGAGUUGGUGUAGAUUUGAUUACGCCAUUAAGAAGAUCAAUAUCUUUUUCUCAUAGAACCAAUCAAUGGCUGGGAAAGAAGCGCUGUCUAAUUGUGAGAGGCAUGACAGUGACAUCCUCUUUGAAUCAUGAGCUGGGUCGUGUUAGAUUGGCACAAAUGGAAGAAAACAAGGUGACAUGUAAAACUACUCCCUUAGCCUUUAUUGGACAAGUCUGUUUUUUGAUUUCCGUUGCUACGGCGUGCCCUAAUGAGCACAACCAAGGUAAACCCUCUUCCCUUCGGAAUGGUCAAGUUUGAGGAUGCACAGAGUAAGACCAUGGCCUUAACUAUAUGGAGAAAUAUCUAAGUAUGAUAUUAAUGAACUAUGCAGAAGACUAAAGAAUGUUAUUGAACUUCUGAUGAAUGACCACAGAUAAAAACAAAAUUAUUGUGAACUGGUUCCACAACAUGGUACCUAUUUGUCUUGUAAAAUAGGUUAUGUAUUAGGUCUCUUAUUUUGUUACUAUUUGUGAGGGGGGAAAAAACCCCACCACAAAACUGUCAUAAAAAGACACAUGAAAAAGAACAAACAUUCCAAUGUCAAGCAGCUUUAUUGGUUUGUUGUUCCAGAACCCUUAUUUUAAAGAGGUUGACAUUAUACGUGUCACAAUAUUUCAGUAAGGAGCACAGAUUUAGGCCCGGAUUCAAUCUGAUUGAGCUUUGUCAGUAUGUGCAUUUAAAGGUAAUUUCCAAUUGAGCCAACAUAUGCAAAUGUGGUCUCCACAAAGGCAGGAACAAUGUAUUUUUUUCUGUUUUAAUUUUACCCCUUUUUCUCCCCAAUUUCAUGGUAUCCAAUUGUUUUUAGUAGCUACUAUCUUGUCUCAUCUAUACAACUCCCGUACGGGCUCGGGAGAGACGAAGGUUGAAAGUCAUGCUUCCUCCAAUACACAACCCAACCAAGCCGCACUGCUUCUUAACACAGCGCCCCCCAACCCGGAAGCCAGCCGCACCAAUGUGUCGGAGGAAACACCGUGCACCUGGCAAUCUUGCAUCGAACAAUGUCAACAAAGUGUGAUUGGAUUGAAUCCCGGUCCCAGAGAGCAGCAAUAUUAUACAGUAUUGUGUAUGAAGAACUAAUGACAUUAACAGAUGUAUUGAAAGAAAAAACAUUCAAGUUUGUCAUAAUUUAUUCUGAUUGUUUUAAUAGUUUUGAUUCAAGUGCCAAAAGAGCCCUUUUACUGAGAGAAAAAGAAACUACACCUAAAACUACAAGUAAAAUACACUGAGUGUACAAACACAUACUCUUUCCAUGAGACUGACCAGGUGAAUCCAGGUGAAAGUUGUGAUCCCUUAUUGCAGGGAUGCAAAUUGCUGAGGGACCAAAAAAGGUGACACUUUUGUUUUGCACUGAAACAUGCAAAAACAUCCCUGCUAAGGGGACAUGCAGGUUAACUAAUUAAACAACAAAGAAUAUGAUCUACAUGAUCAGUCUCCUAUUUCUAACGCAGAUCGCGCUGAAAGUCCUGCCUCUCCCAUCUCCUCAUUGGUUUAUAGAAGCAGGUACCCCAUGUGCCAUCUCCUCAUUGGUUAUAACCACUUGGGUGAUUGAAAAACUAACUUUGUUGCCGGUUGUCGUGACAAUACAAUGAAAGUUUAAAUGCGAUCACCAUAUAAAUUCAAAGAUGAAAAAGCCUGGAAGGAGGAGAGAUGACUAGAAAUGAUUCGGUUGGCCGUUGUGUGGAUUAAUUGUCAGAGUAGAGGUCAUUGUGCAUUUCAGUUAAAAUAACUCAAUGUUUAUAUCCCAGGACAAAUUAGCUUGCAACAGCAAGCUAGCUAAAUAUGAUAAAUUAACGUUAGCUAGCAAGUGCAAGCUAACUAGCUAAAUUGCCAUACAUGCUUUUUGACCUGUCCCCAAAUUAAUGUAAUUGGUUCAGAGUUUAUGAUAUUUUAACCUGCGUGUCGUGAUCGCGUUUGGUGUGGAGGGGGGCCAUAUACAUUUCUGCACGAUAGUGCAGCCGGUUUGGGUUCCGUGUAAGUUGGUUGUCUAAACCCCCCUCCCAACCUUUUCUCAUCGGAUCUACACGAAUCACGUAGGUCACCUAUUUUGGAUUCAAAACGUGACUAGUUUGCAUCCCUGUUAUUGAUGUCACCUGUUAAAUCCACUGCAACCGGUGUAGAUGAAGGGGAGACAGGUUAAAGAAGGAUUUUUAAGCCUCAACAAUUGAGACAUGGAUUGUGUCUGUAUGCCAUUCAGAGGGUGAAUGGGCAAGACAAAAUAUUUAAAUGCCUUUGAAUGGGGUAUAGUAGUAGGUGCCAGACGCACCAGUUUGAGUCUGUCAAGAACUGCAACACUGCUGUUUUUUCACACCCAAUGGAAAUUGGUACCAAGAAUGGUCCACCACCCAAUGGAAAUUCCAGCCAACUUGACAACUGUGGGAAGCAUCGGAGUCAACAUAGGAAGCUUUUGACACCGUGUGGUUCAUACAACAAACUGAGGCUGUUGAGAAAAAAAAAGGGUGCAACUCAAUAUUAGGAAGGUGUUCCUAAUGUUUUGUACACUCACAUUUGCUAAGUUAACAGGAUUUUUUUGUUGCAAUUUAUGUACAAUAGAAAACCCUAGAUUUCUGCAUAAAAAUAUCUUUGGUCUCUGUACAUUAAGCAAAUAUCUCAGGUACAGUUGAAGUCGGAAGUUUAUACACUUAGGUUGGAGUCAUUAACUUGUUUUUCAACCACUCCUCAAAUUUCUUGUUAACAAACUAUAGUUUUGGCAAGUUGGUUAGGACAUCUACUUUGUGCAUGACAAGUAUUUUUUCCAACAAUUGUUUACAGACAGAUUUCACUAUCACAAUUCCAGUAGGUCAGAAGAUUACAUACACGAAGUUGACUGUGCUUUUAAACAGCUUGUAAAAUUCCAGAAAAUUGUGUCAUGGCUUUAGAAGCUUCUGAUAGGCUAAUUGACACCAUUUGAGUCAAUUGGAGGUGUACCUGUGGAUGUGUUUCAAGGCUUACCUUCAAAAUCAGUGCCUCUUUGCUUGACAUCAUAAGAAAAUCAAAAGAAAUCUGCCAAGAUCUGAGAAAAUAGAUUGUAGACCUCCACAAGUCUGGUUCAUCCUUGUGAGCAAUUUCCAAAAGCCUGAAGGUACCACGUUCAUCUGUACAAACAAUAGUAUGCAAGUAUAAACACCAUGGGACCACGCAGCCGUCAUACCGCUCAGGAAGAAGGCGCGUUCUGUCUCCUAGAGAUGAACGUACUUUGGUGCGAGAAGUGCAAAUCAAUCCCAGAACAACAGCAAAGGACCUUGUGAAGAUGCUGGAGUAAACAGGUAAUAAAGCAUCUACAUCCACAGUAAAACGAGUCCUAUAUCGACAUAACCUGAAAGGCCGCUCAACAAGGAAGAAGCCACUGCUCCAAAACCGCCAAAAAAAGUCAGACUACGGUUUGCAACUUCACAUGGGGACAAAUAUCGUACUUUUUGGAGAAAUGUCCUCUGGUCUGAUGAAACAAAAAUAGAACUGUUUGGCCAUUAUCACCAUCGUUAUGUGUGGAGGAAAAAGGGGGAGGCUUGCAAGCCGAAGAAAACCAUCCCAACCGUGAAGCACGGGGGUGGCAACAUCACGUUGUGGGGGUACUUUGCUGCAGGAGGGACUGGUGCAUUUCACAAAAUAGAUGGCAUCAUGAGGGAAGGAAAAUUAUGUGGAUAUAUUGAUGCAACAUCUCAAGACAUCACUCCGGAAGUUAAAGCUUGGUCGCAAAUGGGUCUUCCAAAUGGACAAAUGACUCCAAGCAUACAUCCAAAGUUGUGGCAAAAUGGCUUAAGGACAACAAAGUCAAGGUAUCAAAGUGGCCAUCAAAGCCCUGACCUCAAUCCCAUAGAAAAUUUGUGGGCAGAACUGAAAGUGUGUGCGAGCCAGGAGGCCUACAACAUGACUCAGUUACACCAGCUCUGUCAGGAGGAAUGGGCCAAAAUUCACCCAACUUAUUGCGGGAAGCUUGUGGAAGGCUACCCGAAACAUUUGACCCAAGUUAAACAAUUUAAAGGCAAUGCUACCAAAUACUUUGAGUGUAUGUAAACUUCUGACCCACUGGGAAUGUUCUGAAAGAAAUAAAAGCUGAAAUAAAUUAUUCUCUCUGUUAUUGACAUUUCACAUUCUUAAAAUAAAGUGUUGAUCCUAACUGAUCCAAGUAAAAAUUCCCUGUCUUGGAUAAAAUGUCAGGAAUUGUGAAAAACUGAGUUAAGGUGUAUGUAAACUUCCAACUUCAAAUGUAUAUGCAUAUUCUUCAUGUUUGUACUGUUUCAAACAAACAUGUUUCUUCAUGGAGAAAAAUAACAUUUGUAAAUGUCAUUCUUUUCAUAUUCACUCGCAAUGACUAUCAGAAGAUUGCCACCAGUAAGCUGUAAGAAAAAGAGAAGUAUCCUACUGUACAACAUUUAUUGCCUGCUUCCCUGAUACUGUAAAACUCACAAUAUAUUUUUAAAUCAACACCUUUUCCACACACACACACAGGACUCUCGUACAACAUAAAAAAAGAUCACAAAUGAAAGCACUGCCAUCCUUCACUUGUAGCCCUGGAAUGUAACUAAAAAAACAAAACAAGUCAUUCUAAUACAGACAAUUGCAUGGGUACAAAUUACAAAAAGGUGAAUAAUCUAACUUGUUUUUUCCAUAAAAAAUAUUAAACUAUUCCCGUAAGCAGCAUUCUGGUACAGUAAUCUCAAUUAACAGAUACACCAACAAUCACACACAGCCAUUUUGUGGUCUCAAUCCACCUCAUCAACACAUUACAGUUUUGUUCCUUCUCAUGAUGAAAUACAAAUGUUCCCAUAAUUGAUAUAGACCCUGUUGGCAACCAUACAUCUAGAAGCAGCUGGAAAUGACCCACAAAAUACAACUGGAUCCAUAAUUAAACUUAAAAACAACAAGUUUCUUAAGAUCUAGGCCUACUAUAUAGGAAAAUAAAUAAAUAUAUAUUUAAACUAAUGGAAAAAAAUAAAAAAUUCAGUAGCUGCUCAUUUGUUUAUCACAGUUAUUGCAAUCACUUUUUCAUAUCUUCAGAAACAGCAGUAGCAUAAAAACCAUAAUACUAUUAUUAACCUAACAAUAAGUUACUACAUAGGACCAUAAACAAUGUGGCACUUCUUUAACUGUAGUCUAAUCAGAGUACUGUUCGACGGGUUUGGUUUUAGGCCAUGUUAAACUAGACUUCAGAUAGACAUGGCAUUAUUAGUCUUCAGUGUCCUGCCACCUUGGAAUCUGUUGCUUUUGUUAAUGCCAUUUGCAAUGCAUGUUAAAAUCCAACCCCAGGCACAUCACAUAAACCAAAAAUGUAAGGUUGCUAAAUUGUUUCAUACCAAGUGUAUGCUCAAAUUAAUUACUCAAUAUUCAGUGGAGUGCUUAGAGAAGAGGGACAAUUUGAAUGCCGUAUUUAUAAAAGCCAUACCCUACACCAUGAAACUUACAAGAUUCAAGUUAAAUAGCAAAAUUAACUGAUGUUACUUCACUAAUAGAGGAACAUUAAAAUUUGGCAAAAGCAUACCAUAUCAACUGAAAUUAGACAAACUUACAAGUCACUCGAGUCAAAUAUGUCAACAUUACAUUACAGUGGGCUUAUAGCAGAUGCACUGGAAUACUGGAGGCAUAUAACCAUCACAUAGUACUUGAUGUUUUUUUAUCCCUUUAACUUUAAAUUGAAUAUAUAGCUGCAAGUCCUACUGUAUAACUGUGUGUAAGUACUAUACAAUUGCAUUACUACAUAUAUUCCAUUAUAGGUACUAUAGAAUAAUGCCCUGACCAAUUUUGAAGCUGAAAGAGUAUCUGAAACUGGGAAGUCCCUAUUCACUUCAGAAGGUGUACAUUAUGGCUGUUCACAAUUCAUUUUCCCACAAGACAGACACAUAAUAGGUACAGGGUGAAUUCCACAUCAUCUCUGGCUCGUCAUAGGGGAUUUAAAGGCAUCAAACAAACUAUUAUUAAUAUAAAAAGUCCUAUUCCCUCCCUCACCAGUAAAAUGUUAUUUAAAAAAUAUUAUUAUUAUUAUCCAUUAUUUAUGAAAAUCAUAAAAAGUAUCAUCACUACUAGCCUGCCUGUAACUUUACUGCACUGUGAAACAGUCUUAGUGCCAUUUUCAUUUCAGAUACAACUUUAUCUUCACGCAUGCAUCUACAAAAUCAUCAAAUGCAUCUAAUAUCCCACCAAAAUUUAUAUUUUAAGGGCCUAACUAAGACAAUCAAACUUUUAAAGCACCUUCCCAGUUUGCCAGAUAUGGACCUUUCACCAGAAAACAAAUACACGCUAAUAACAAUCUGCUGUCAAUUUUAAAUACUGCAUUGUUACAUUGAUUGGCGUUGAAUCAUCUGAUAACUUGCUAUAAAAAUGCUAACUGAAAAUGUAGAUGUUUCAUAUGAGUUGUAAGACUGUAACAAACCUUACAUGACAACACUAGGAAACUGAAUAAGCUACAGUCCCCCUGAGGGGAAUAUAGUAUGUCUUAGUGUUAGGAUAGGGGGUCAUACAUAAAGUAGCACCGGCACCUCACCGUGAUCAUCUAGCUACCCUUGGGGUAUGGCUUCUUCGGAUUUUGCUUACAGUUUACUGGUGCCUCGUUUGUUAGUUUAACAAAAAGAAAAGUGCAAUCAAUGGCUUAUUUUUCCCCUUUUCUGAAAGUAUCUAGCAAUUUUAUGACGUCAUUCACAAUGGGCCACGGUCUUUGUCUGUUCCAAAACUGCAGCAUUAAAAGAAGUUCUAGGUUGUACAAAUGUGUCUAAACUGGACAGAUAAGGUAUUGUGGUAAGAUAUCCUUCUUUCAGGCAUUUAAACUUACAAUACAUAUGUAAAAUACAUAUUUUGCACUGAAUUUUGUUUUACGAAACAUUUUUUCAAAAGUAUCACAAAUUUCCCUGACGGUGGGUUUAAUGUGAUUGAUUCCUAAACAACUUUCCUGACUUUUCCUUGAUGAUUUUCCAAGGAUCAAAUCCUUUCCAACUGGACUGUGGAACCCUGGAAUGGGAUGCCUGAGGUUGUGGGAUGGCCAAGUAUGGUCGACUACAAAACGGGCUGCCAGAUUGCGUCCCAGAUGGCACCCUAUUCCCUACAUAGAGCACUACUUUAGGCCCAUUUAAGGAAUGGGGUUCCAUUUAGGCCGCAGUCCCAGAGAGAGAACCUUACAGUUAGUUAGUCAGCUAGCCAAUCAACCAGACAGUCAGUUAGUUCCACAUACACACGGAUGAAGUUGAACAGUAGAAGACACAGAGUUACCACUAAGCUGGAGGAACUGGAGCAAGGGUCUGGAAGAGAGGCAAAAAGCUUCCUUAGUACCAAGAGGUCUAUAUAAUGUACAUAGUUAUAUAAUGUGAGUGUGCGCAUGUAUGUGGAAAGGACAAGGUAGGAAAGACAGGCAAGGGAACUCACCAAUAGGAAUUCUCUUGGUGGUAUUGAGGGGCGGGAGCUGUUGUGGUAGAGGGCAGGCGCUACAGAAGUCUGAGCAGGCAGGACAGACGAGAACCCCAUUGUAUACCCAGUCAUUAACACGCACACUGACGCUCAGCAGCUGACCCGUACGCACACACUGGUAAGCAGUGUCCUCCACCCACACCGUCAAACCCUGGGUAGAGCAAGAGAUCUGGAAACAUCAACAAUAUAACAUUUAAGUAUUCGUUUUUUGUUGUAUGGGUCACUUCAAAAUGUAUUAUCUGCCUGUCGCACAUCUAUAAUGGGGUUACAUUAACCCACAACACAAAAAUGUAAUUUAACUGAAUGUGAUUUUGUAAGCUCAUAUGAUAAAAGCAUGAGACUUAACGGUGGUAAAAGUUAUUAAGAAGACUUGUAUUAUAUGGAUCAUAGAAACAUAGAUUAAAAACAUCUAAAGAUUGUUACUUAUUCUGCAUUACCUUAUAGCAGCCACUUCCCCAGUCAGGGUAGGUCAUGCGUCUGGUACACUGCUCCAUGACGAAGGCAGUCUUCUGGUACAAACACACUGAGUCUGGACCAUACUGCUCAGCUCCGUAGUUCCUCCACCAAUCUGGAAACAGUGUGUCAGGUAGCAUACUAGUAAGUAGGAUUGCAACAUUUUCAAAACUUUCCUGAAAUCAAAUUCCCAGAUUUUCCAGAAAUCCCAGUUGGAAGAUUCCCAGGAUUGGGAUGGAAUAAGCAGAAAGGGAACAGGGAAUUCUCCAAAUGGGAUUUCUGGAAAACCUAGGAAAAUAUCCUGAAUUUUGCAAACCUUCAAGUGAGUUAACAGCCUCAGUACAUGAACCAAGGCCUGAGGAACCAAGAGGCAACAACAAUGCGAGAAGGGAAGGGAUAUUACCGGGCUGGUUCUCCUGGAGCCUGCAGUAGGAGUUACGUUGGUACUCUCCACUCAGGUGCCAGCUAAACUCCUGGCUGAAGGGACAGUAGUCAGCGAUCUCCACGGCUCCACCGUAGGAGGCCAGAUCCAUCACAGAGACUUCAGGGAUAUGGUCAAAGUACUGCCGGAGAGGAGGUGGAAGAGAUUUACUGUAUGGGGUGUACUUAACACUAUGCUGGUCACAAUUGGUCAACAUCUUAAAUAAAGAACAUUUCAAAUUUG